GAUAGUGAUGCUCUCGCAGAGGCUCUCCGCGAGGACCGAAUCUGGGGUGCUGGACUCGAUGUCGUCGAAGGAGAACCAAAUAUCGGGAUUGACCAUCCACUCGUGAAGGAACCGCGAUGUGUUGUAUUACCUCACAUCGGAAGCGCGACGUUCGAAACGCGUCGUGCUAUGGCGACGCUGGCGGCGAGGAAUGUUAUUGCCGGUGUUCGCGGCGAGGCGAUGCCUACUGAGCUAGAUCUGAGUGGUCGAGUCUAA